AGCCAACAAGAGUUACCUCCCUUUAUGCCACUUCCGGAAUCCCCCAUGUGGAGCCGGCGAAAUUGAAAACUUGCUGUUAUAAACUUCUUGGCUUUGUUCACGUGCUCAGACACCAUGAUUUACAUGUUACUAUUUGCAGCAGUGUCAUCUGUUGUCAUUUGUAUUGUAUUAUACAAAUAUCUGAGACCUAAAUUUCCGAUUAAAGUUGAAUGUUGGUUCUGUGAGAAGGUGACUGUGGUUCCCUAUGGAAACAAGAAUUGCUGGGAUUGUCCUGACUGCGAGCAGUACAAUGGAUUUAGAGAGGAUGGCCAUUACAACAAACCCAUUCCAGCCCAGUACAGUGAGAGUAUGAACUAUCCCAUAAACUGCAAAACUGAUGAAUUUAUCAGUAAAGACUCUUUAUUGUGUGAUGAGUGUAAUCAAAAUCAGCUCUUAAAGGUUCGACAGCUAGCUGCUUUUGUACCAUUUAACGAGAACAAGUUUGAUGCCGAGGUUGAAGCAUUUGAGCAGCACCUGGAGCGGGUGUACCGUCUGUGUGACGUCUGUCAGGGGACAAUCAAUAUGGAACUCGAUAAACAGGCUCAUGUGUUAGGAGCAAAUCUCGACCAAGUCGCUGCCAACAUGUCAAAGUCCUCGGAGAAGUCUUUUGAAGAAAAGAUGUCUCCUGCAGGCAAAGUAACUUCACUUCUCCACACAAGCCCUGGUGUUCCGCUGUCAGUUGCCAUGACAACAUUAUCAAGCAUAUGUGCCCUGACGCUUUUUGUGAUACAUUUUCACACCUUGCAGCAACAAUGGCAGACAAAAUGGCUGCCAACAUCAUAUUUCAUCCCUGUUAUUCACUUGGCUCUGAUGAAGAUUGAUAUCCUCGAUGGCGCUGGAAUUCUCACCUGCUUCUUGGCGAAGCUAUUUAUUGGUAAAAAUAGACUACAUGUAAUGGACGCUGUGAACAUCCCACUCUGGAUAUUAACCCUGCUAGUGGAUGGUCAGAUUGGACAGAUUUUGUUUGGUCAAGGGUGGACACCAGUUGUGAGUUGUAUCCACCACAGCCUGAAUACAAUGACUGGAUUCUUAUGUCUGUUGGUCACCAGGACGAGUCGGUCACAACCUAAUAUUAGCAUGAAAAGACUCUCGUUGGAUAAUAGCCGUUCUUCCCGAGGGUCAGAUAGUACCUUGACCGAUAGUAGCCCCCUACGGUCAGUGAGUGAAGCAGCGUAUAGACAGGUAUAUGACCAUCAUAAUAUGUCCAGCCAGAUUCCUCAAAAGACUGACCGACUGGACGAUGCAUUGUCAGACCUGGGGUCAUUCUCCAUUGGAACAGCCAGCUUGAAAAGAUCACCUUCUGGUUUAUUUGGCUAUUCUUCAUUUACGACCGGUCAACCAGUCUCCAAGACCGGAUUCUCCUUUGGCCAAGCCUUACAGGAAAGACACAGUCGUCCACUCAUUAGUCCAGCCAAACUGCAAGUCAAUCACACUGGGGCUUGGACCAGUCAGAACAGAGCUGAUAACCCUUUCUUACAAGUCAAAAGAGAAACCUCAAUGUUCAAAGUUGAUAGCAGGACUACAAAUUUUUCCUUGGGACACACCAACCCAACUCAAAACAUAUUUUCAGACAAGACAUCCAUUUUCAAUGACAAUACAUCAUUCAAGGGAGACAAUCCUGGCACAUUUGACGAGAAAGGUUCGUGCUUCAGUGGAAAUUUCAAUACACCAAUUUCAAAAUCGCAUUUUUAUGACAAUGGAACAACAGUGAGUGGUCGCUUCUCUUCCUGUAAUGAAUCUGUUGGAAAAAGUUGGAGUGUACGUAACCAUGCCAUCAACAAAAUGGAAGAAUUCCAGGACAUGGAUAAUCGGUCGACAGCCUCCUCAAUGUGUCCAGUGGACAGUACAACACAAUCAGAAACUAAGGCCAAAGCUUUCUGGAGGUCCCCAGGAUUCAUCGGUUUUGUGCUGGGUGCUAGUUUUGUGGUAAACAUUUUCCUAUCCUACAACAGCUGGAGUAAGUUGUCAUGAUGAUGGGCGACAGCCAUGAUGCUUUGUAGUUCAGUUUACACCAAACCAGAACAUAUAACUAUGGUUUUCUGAAGUACAUGUAUAUAUACUUAAAACAGAAAUCUGUAGGAGUGAAAAGUUUGGUGAAAAACGGAAAUCCGUAGAAGUGAAAAGCAUGGUGAAAAACAGAGAUCUGUAGGAGUGAAAAGCAUGGCGAGACAAAAUCUGAAAUACCAUCUUGUCAAACAGUGGGCUUCAACUCCUAGUUUUGUUGGAAGAAGAGGAUGAAUUUUCCAUCAUUUCUGUACUGAAGCAGUCUGCGACGUUAGCCACUAGUCCUAUGCCCAUGACUAGUACUUUUUGGUUCGGACUAGUGGAAAAUCCUUGAAUCUCAAUAUAUUUGCUGUAAUAAACACUGCAUUUUGCUUGUCCGGACUAGUGCUUGAAAAUGUCAAUGUCACAGACUGCUGAAGACAUUAAUGAACAAGUGAAUAUUUUGUUGGUAUAAAUGAUCAAAUUGUGUGUGUCGGAGGCAAAAGGAAAGUUUUGUAUCAUUUUGUGGAACAAAUUGCGUGCAAGUCAGUGUGAAUAUUUUGUAUCAUUUUGUAGAUAUAAAUGAACAAUUUGUGUGUGAGAGGAAAAAUGAGAGUUUUGUAUCAUUUUGUGGAUGGAAAUGAACAAGUUGUGUGUGAGAGGCAAAAUACAAGUCUUGUGCAUUGUAUCAUUAUAAAAGAUUAUGUUUGUGAGUGGUGAUAUUACAGGACAUUGUGGGUUGACAUCCAGAAGCUAAAACAGAGAUGACAGGGAGGUACAUGUAGCGUUAUAUUGACAAUGUAAAAUAUUGAACUGUGUGCGAAAUUUAAAUAUUACACGAGUGUAUCAUAUUUUAUAUUUGUAAACAAAAACAAUGGUCACUGCAGAUUGGUUACACACAUAUAUUUAUAUUUUUGAUAAAAUUCUUGUAAUAUGGUUGAAUAUUAAACUUCUUUUUAUAUGAAAUUUAUUAUCACCAAGAUAUACAUUGUUUGAAAUUGUGACCAAAUAUUGUAUGUAUGCUGAUUUAUAGGGCAAGUUUAUACCAUAUACUUUUGUAAUCAUACAGAGAAAAUGAGAUCCAACGUACGGUGUAGGUAGAUCUAUAUGUCCGGUAGUCUCCCUAGGAUGGAUUCCAAAUGGAAUACACUAGUCCGGUACAUAAAAAGUGUGUAAACAAUAAGUAAAGAUGACCAGUCAUCUUUACUUAUUAUUUUGUAAUCAUAGUUUAUGAUAUCAGUAUUACCAGAGUACAAAUCUGCAGAGAUUUUGAGGUUUUUCAACAGAACAUUUCAUCAUUUCAACUGCAGAACAGUGAUUGCUUAAUAAUCAAUACGGUAGUUUAAUUAUAUUUAUUUAUAAACUAUUUCCACAAUCCUGUAAAACCCAAAGUAAAGCAAUUUUUUUUUUUGAAAAUAGCUACAUUAACUAAAUAAGAUAUUGAGAGCGUCGGAGUUGAAUCAUGUGCAAGAUGUUCUGUCUAACCAACAUUCAACCAAAAUAAUAGGAAGAUACUGCUAGCAUGUUAUUUAAUGUAAGAUAUGUUAAUUGUGAUAGAAACAGUGCAGUAUUGUAAAGGGAUACAGUGCAAGUUUAUGUUAGAAAUAGCAUGUUGAUUAUAAUAUGUAAAACAGUGGUGCGAGUCAUUGUUUUUAUAGUGCAAUAGGUUGUAUAUUGACAAAUAUAUCGUGGAUAUUGUGAUGUAUUAUUUAUUUUGUAUCGUCUAUGAUGUGAAAUGUUGUCAUGAUAUUUAUGACCAUUCCCCCAACAACGAAGUUAUGCCAUAGCUUGAUGUGUUUUCAAGUUACUUUGUGUACAGUCAACAGUAUUAUCACUUGGCUAGUGUAAAUCUCAUUUCUCCUUUACUUUAAAACAUGUGUGUGUAUAUUCCUUAAAAUAGGUAUCUAGGAUGAGCCUGAAGAGUGUUAAAAGGAAAAAAAUUGUAAAAUUGUAUCUUGGAAAAUUUUGUAAAGUUAGUUUUACCAGAAAUGAUUGAUCAAUGUAAAAUUGUUAUUUAAAUUGUGAUUGUCCUUAUCACAUUUAAACAACUGCCAUCAGAUGUUAAACACACUUUAAGCUAAUGCUAAUAAUUCCAAAUUCUUAAAUAAACAUAGACUAUUAAUAGUAACUAUUUUAGCGAGUUCCAGAGCCACUUGUGCAUCUGUAUAAUUUGUGAAUACACUGUAUAUGUAGUUGUAUGUUAACUUCAGUUUUCGUUGUCAAAUCAUGAAUUUUUUUGUCCUUUCAUUUUCUACUUUUCACGUGAAAUAAAGGUUGUUUUUGUAAUAUG